AUGCCUGCAACAUCUCACACUCCUACCGGUGCUCCUAAGGCCGUCCUACCUGAAAAAUUCUCCAUUGGAUUUGAAGGAACCUCUUUGUAUCCUCGUGUUGGCUAUGGCAAACGUGGCAGAGUUGCCAAAGUAUUUUGUAACUCUUAUCGUGUCGCAAGCUUCCCUACAGCCACCAUUUACCAAUACGAUGUCCAAAUCACUGGUAAAGGUGAUGAUAAGCGUGCCACUCUACGCAAAGUUUGGUAUUCACGUUCCAUGCAAACGCACUUCGGAGCUGCAACUGAUGCUUUGCUCUACGACGGUAACCGCUUGGCCUGGUCGAUAAUUCCGCUGCCAUUCGGUGAGGAGCUCAAUAUCAUUAUUGAUCUCGAUGAUGAUAACCCCAGUGACCGUCCACGACGCGGUGCUGAAAACAAGUUCCGUGUUCGUAUUCGCAAAACAUCCCGUGUUCCACUUCAAUGCACAGAAGCCUACGUCAAUGGAAAAUAUAAGAUGGAUACCGAUGUCCUCGUCGGCUUCAAUUUUUUGGAUCACUUGCUUCGUGAGACCCCCGCAAAGCACUUCAUCACGAUCAAGAGAUCGUUCUUCAAAAAGGCCGGUGCUCAGCGUCUUGACGGGGGUGUUGAAGCCUGGAAGGGCAUCUUCCAGUCUAUUCGCCCAGCUGAGGGCAAUCUUCUUACUGUCAACGUCGAUGUUGCAGCAGCAGUCUUCUGGAGUGAGGGAACCGUCCUUCAAUGUGUCCAAAAUCUUUUCAAGCUCGGAACCCCGGAAGAUCUCAUCACGAAGUUGAGAUCUGAUCAUGGAAAGCGUGAACUCAAGCGUGUCAAGAAGGUUCAGUUCUACACAAAACAUCGCAACACUGAAAAGGAACGCCAAAAGAAGUUCACUAUUGAGGGCUUCACCAAGAAUAGCGCUCGCGAUGAAAUGUUCGAUGUUCGUGACCGUGAAUCUGGCAUGGUUACCCGCCUCUCCAUCGAGACGUACUACUACAAGCAUUACAAUAUCCGCUUGCGAUACCCACAACUUCCUCUCAUCCAGACGAAGAAUAAAAACAUCUUGUUCCCCAUGGAACUCAGUUUCGUUGCUGAGGGCCAACGUUACCCUUAUAAGUUGGAUGACAAGCAAACGUCUGACAUGAUCCGCUUCACUGUCCAACGUCCCAAUAUUCGUCUUGAGACUAUUAGACAAAAUGUCAACGAGCUUAACUGGAAGGAUGAUCCUAUUUUGCGCCACUAUGGCAUGAAGAUCAGCCCUAACAUGAUCACUACGCAAGCUCGAAUCCUUGACGCCCCAAAGAUUGCUUACGGUAAUGGCUCAAAGGAUGGAACCUUUAAUCCUCGUGAUGGACGUUGGGAUCUUCGUGGGAAGAAAUUCGCCCGAACAACCACCUUAAAGUCAUGGGCCAUCGGCAUCGCCGCUCAACCACGUCGUGUCCCCAUGGAAGUCGUCAAAAACUUCGUUCGCCAAUUCAUCCUCGCCUUUGUUCAACAUGGUGGGACUGUCGAGACAAAGGAACCACCAAUUAUGUACCUUGAUCCCAACAAGGACAUGGCUGCCUCCUGUCAAGAACUUUUCGUCACGGCAGGAAAUGUCACAAGAGCCAAACCUCAAAUUGUUUUCUUUAUCCUCACAGCUAAAUCCGCUCAUCCAUACAACGACAUCAAGGCUGCAUGCGAGACCCACGUUGGCAUUGUUUCCCAAUGUCUUCAAUCGAAGCAUGUUGAACAGGCCAAAGCCCAAUACUGCUCCAAUGUCUGCAUGAAGGUCAAUGCUAAGUUGGGUGGAACGACCGUUUAUUUGGACAAAUCUUCGCACCCCUUCUUCGGACAGGAGCCUACAAUGUACAUUGGUGCCGAUGUCUCUCACGGUGGUGCUUUUGGUUCUGGUGGUAUGAAGUCUGCUUCGUUCGCCAGCAUGGUUGGAUCCAUUGAUGUCCAAGGUGCCCGCUACUCGGCCAUUUGCAACACCAACGGUCAUCGCGUCGAGUGUAUCACGACACCGAACAUCAUGAAAUUUUUACCAACCUUGCUCAAAAACUACCGCCGCUCAACUAACCAGGUCCCUAGACGUAUAAUAUACUUUAGGGAUGGUGUUUCCGAGGGCGAGUACAGUAAGAUUAUUGAAUACGAGGUUGCUGACAUCAAGCGAGCCGCCAAAUCACUUGAUCCUAAUUUCGAGCCCAGGAUGACUGUCAUCAUCUGUACCAAGCGCCACCACAGCCGCUUUUUCCCUGUUGACAAGCAUGCUUCGGAUCGUAAUGGCAACAUCGUUCCCGGCACUAUUGUCGAUAGAGAUGUAACACACGUUACUGAUUUCGAUUUUUUCUUGUGCUCGCAUUCCGCAAUCCAGGGUACAGCUCGAGCUACCCGUUAUACGGUCAUCAUGGACGAAAAUAAGCUCGAAGUUGACCGUAUUCAAGGGUUGAUCUACAACUUCUGCUAUACCUAUAUGCGCGCUACCAACUCAGUCUCCCUUGUCCCACCUGUCUACUACGCCCAUUUAGCUUCUUCACGCGCUCGUGCUCACGAGAUCGGUGCUAACGAUAAGGAGAAACAGCAGGGGAUGGAGACAACUCCCUCUGGAACCCAGAGAGAAGGAUCUCGUCUUCCUACUACCAACCUACCUUCCGAAGACAUUCGUCCUUUGGUUGGGGACGUCGUUACGCAAAUGUGGUACAUUUAA